UCUAUCCGGCUGGGAAUUGCAAAUCCCGUAGAGAAGAACGUCUCAUUAUCGCGAGAUGGAGAAUCAACAUGGCUCGCUUCCAUAGAUUUCGCUAGCCAUUUUAGUCAAUUGAAAAAUCCCAAAAUCUGAGAGUUUGAGUUAUCUACUCGAAUUUCAAAUGACUCGACCAAUAAAGCAAGUACUGUAGCUACAUACAGUAAUUGCUCUUCCAGGUUUCUUGCGUCUUUGUUAACCAGCUAGCUAGAUAACGUUAACUGAGUCUGCCAUCCAGAGCUACCCUUGUUCAGCUGUCUAGCUAUCUUGAUUUGCCUGGCUGCACUCGUCACAGUCUUCAGUGUUUGUUUUAAGUGACAUCCUCCUCUUCACCACCCCACCUGAUUGACAGCAAAGAAGUGCUCCUCUCCUUGGGACUCGGUGUAACCCUCCACCCUAUCUACCCCUGUUGCCCCCAGAGCAGGGGGUAAGGACACCACCGUCGCCACAAUGCUGGAGUCUGUAAGGAACACGUUUCACGCCCAGCUGGCCACCGUCAUGGACUCCCUGCUGGCGGCAGCGGUGUGUGAGAUCGCAAAAAUCUUUGAGAGCAGUCUGUGUGAGCAGCAGGAGGAGCUGACACAGAGAGGAGAGGAGAUCACAGGCCUGAGGGGGAGGCUGGAGCGGGCAGAGAGGAGGCUGAAGAAGGAAGGAGAGGAAGAAGAAGGAGAUGGCCUACUGGAUGUGGUAGAAGGACCAGUGAGAAAAACAGGAGGAGAUGGCAGCCCAGGGCAGCAGUCUGAACCAAGAGCUGGUUCAAGCUGGGAUUCGGAUGCGGCCUCUGAGACCCCUCCACUGGUCCAGGACAGCGGAUGUAAGAAGUCCCACAGGAUGAAAAAGGAGAGAACUGAGCUGGAGGGGUCCUCCAUCAAAGAAGAGCUUAAACAUUGCCCUCUUCCACAGUUCGAGGAGCCCCACCCUGCCCCUGUGGAGGGGGAGGGCCAAGGGCCAGGGAGGAGCUCUUCUGCUGGAGGUCAGAGGCUGGGAGAACCCUUGUCUGACACAACAGGGACCAAGGCAAAGUUAUCCCAUUGGGAGGGAGACCCCAGACCUCUUCAGAGCCAGAGCUCCACCUCCUUCUUCCAUGGCCCCCGGGUUGGACAUUUCUCUCCCAGACCCGACCACAGGUCUCCUGGGCUUGACCCCUGGGCCAGUGGGGUUCCUCUAGAGCUUCAGGAUCCAAGCUUCCUGGACCAGAGCCCAGACCAGGUACUAGAGCAGAGAGAGCCCCGGCAGUCACAGGACCAAACCAACCAAUCCCAGAGAGGCUUGAGACCAAGAGACGACAGAGGGAGGGGCCUAGUUCAUCAGAACCGCUGGUCAUUGGCUGCCAAGGAUCCAGUCAGACCACACCCCAACGCACAUACUCAGAAACACGCACAAGGUCACGCACACACACUGGGCGGGGCGAGACCCUACACUUGCCCGUACUGCGGCAAGAGCUUCAGCUACCCGUCCCACCAGCGCAGGCACCUGCUGCGCCACACAGGGGUGAGGAUGUACCCCUGCUUGGUAUGCGACAAGAGCUUCCUGACUCCGUCAGAGCUCACGGUGCAUACCCGCGUCCACACAGGGGAAAGACCGUUUGGCUGCACCCAGUGUGGAAAGCGUUUUGCCCGCAGCGGGAACCUCCGGGCCCACCAGAGAGACGUCCACCUGGGGAAGAGACCCUUUGUCUGCCAGGAGUGUGGCAAGAGGUUCGCCCACAGGGGCAACCUGAGGGUGCACUACCAGAGGGUACACCAGGGCCUGCCAUACCAUGAGGAUGAGUAUGACCAGGAUGGCAACACUCUCCCCUCUACUGGGAAUGACUCCACCUGUCAAGAGACAAUGAUGAAGACAGGAAAUGGUGAGAGCGAGAAAGGAAAGCAGCGCUCCCUGCGGAAGGAAGAGAAGGCAUUUCUAAGUGUUGCAUCAUUUAAAGGGUUGUUAUAUUGUUAGUAGUGUUUUUAUACUGAGAGACUGUGCUUUUACCCUUUACUCUACAUGGUUGUGUAUGUUAGCAAAAGUGACAAACGUGCAAACUGAUUGAUUAUGAAUGAUACGAUUAGCAUAACAUUCCCUAUUUUGUGUCGUUAGUCAUCCUCCACGUGUAGUGUUCAUAUAAAGUAAUUAACCAAAAUAAAACCAGAUGUAUUCACAGUCGA